UGUGACCGAGCACGCCGCUCUAUUCUCCCCGGCCACGUCCGCAGGAACGUUGGGAAAGGCCGCUGUCUGGUCUCAAAUUGAUCAGCGGGUUCCAUACAACAUUCUGAACAGCCUGCGCCUCGUUGACGUUUUGAAUUUGACAGGAAAUAGGAAAGAGUAGCAAACCCCUUGCCCGCUUUUGACCCCGGAAGACCUCUCAUCUAGAACACACCCGUGAGAGCAAAGUUGUGUUGUCCGCCGCCAUUGUCCGUGUUAAGUGUAAUGUGCCUGAACUUUUUAGAAAUAUAUGAACUUGAAAAAUUAGGAAAGUGCCCCGCAAUCUGUGCUCAAGAAACUUGGGUGUAUUUUAAGACGCAAGACUUUACACAACAUUUGAAGCAAAGUGUGAAAAUAGGUGAUGUCCGCAGGCGUAUCAGAUCAGCGGAUGAAAGGACAAGGGAACCAAGUUGCAAAUGGGCCUAAGGAGCACGUGAAUGAACAUGAAGACUUUGAUUCAUGGAGGCCUCAACAUCAUCAGGGAUACAACUCAAACCCCAUUUCAACUACUUCAAUGGGCUCAGACCCCUAUUCUAUACCAAAUUUCUAUGGCACCUCAACGUUUGCGUAUCAGGCUUAUGGAGUAGGAGAUGGAACUUGGUCAAAUGGAGACGCUCCAAUGCCCUAUAUGGGGGGUUACACAGGACAUAUGGGGCAGGAUUCAUAUGGAAUGGAGGGCAUGUUUAGCACCGGAGGAACGGGUUUUAACACAACAUUUGGUCAACCAGGAUUUAAUUAUUUCCAUAGUAAUGGGGACUUUUCAACCUGGGGCAACUCUCCUGGAGGAGCGAUGCCCCGAAAGGCUCAAUAUGAUGAAUACUAUCGUGCCAGCGAGAUAGCAGCGUAUGGAGGAGGUGUGGAUGUGAAAGCAGUAGAACAUGGAAUGCAAGGACUGGGCUUGAGUGAUGUCAAGGUACCUGAUGCCAAAGACCACUUAAAGUCGCAACCUCAAGAUUUAAUUCAAAAAGAAAGUCAACCUCAACAGUCAGCUCCAAAGAAAAUGACGUGGGCAUCCAUUGCAAGUCAGCCUGCUAAACCACAGCCUCCUGUGCCAACUGGUGGCCUGAAGAAAAAGGGCCCAGGAAUGCCGCCGCCACCAAUGAUUCCGGGUAAACACAACAUGGACAUCGGGACAUGGGAGGGCAAGAAUGGCAGCGGAGCUCCUCCAAAAGCUCCUGUAGCUCCUCCCCCGGCAGCAGUACGACCAUCAUGGGGUGGGCCUGGUGGACCUGCCGGGCCUGGGGGGCCUGUCCGCGGUGGGCCCCCAAGGCCACCCCCUGGCCCUGCAACGUAUGGACACGCCCAUCCGCACCCAGUGGCCAUCCUGCACCAUCCCAUCCCCCAGCAAGGACCCCAUGCUCCACAGCACCAUAUGCCUCCACAACAGGCUUCAAUGCCGAAUAUGCCGCAACACCCUCACCCCUCUGCGCCCACCCCCAACCACCCUGUGCUUGAUGAACUUCGAGUCAAAAACAAUUAUAAUCCUCCGGACUAUGAUCUGUCGGCCAAAGGUGCAAGGUUCUUUGUCAUAAAAUCUUAUUCUGAAGAUGAUAUUCAUCGGUCAAUUAAGUAUGAAAUUUGGUGUUCUACUGAACAUGGCAAUAAACGCUUGGAUGAAGCUUAUCGAGAAAGGGAAAUGGAGGGGGGCGUAGUGUUACUGUUCUUCUCGGUGAAUGGCUCUGGUCAUUUCUGUGGUAUGGCACAGAUGAUCUCGCCUCUGGACUACAACUCUUCCAGCUCUGUUUGGUCUCAGGACAAGUGGAAAGGACAGUUCGGGGUCCGUUGGAUCUAUGUAAAAGACGUACCUAAUGUCCAGCUGCGCCACAUUCGUCUUGAAAAUAAUGAGAACAAGCCAGUGACCAACUCCCGUGAUACCCAGGAAGUGCCGUUUGAAAAAGGAAAGCUUGUCUUAAGAAUUAUGCACACCUAUCGGCAUUCAACGUCCAUCUUUGAUGACUUUGUGCAUUAUGAGAAAAGGCAGGAGGAGGAGGACUCUCGUAAAGUUAUGCCUCCUAACUCUGGUGGUUCUCCUCAAGGUCAUGGUCAUGGCCACGGACAUGGCCACGGGCAUGAUCAUGCUCACCAUGGUCAUGGACAUGGUCAUGGACAUGGGCAUGGCCAAGGCAGGGAACGGGACCAUGGCCGUGACAGAGAUCGCGGAGACCGAGACGAUCGUGGAGAUCGUGGUGACCGCGGCGAACGCGGUGGCCGUGGCGACCGCGGCGACCGUGGGCGUGACAGGGACGACCGAGACCGCCAUGGAGACAGAGACCGUGAUGGCAGAGGACCACCACAUCAUCACAAGGAUCGUGGUGGAGAUCAUCAUGGUGGCAGGGGCCGUGGAGGCAGUGGUAGAUCGGGAAGAAAUUAAAUUCAGGACUGGUAUUGCAGUGUGUUUGCUGUUCUGAAUGAGCCAGCUAGUGAAAAUAUCCCAUCUCCACAUUAGCAUGCUUUUAAUCAUGAAUUAAUCCACGAUGAAUAUACCUGUCGGUCUAAUAACAAUAAUUAUUAUAACUAUUAGUUUUAAUAAAUUUAAUUAUGUUGUGUAAAAUGAAAAAAAAAAUGGGUGGAAAAUCAGUUUGUUUUUAUAUUAUUAGUUUAACAAGUGUUGACCUUUAAAGGCUAUUGUGGAAGGAAUUGGUUUUUGUGCACCUAGUGCCAUGUCACUUCAUGGUGUAUCAGCAGUUACAGUAAGCUGCAACUGCUUUUAACUUUUGUUGGGCUAUGGAAGCCUCAGCAGCGCCCACAGUCUAGUUUGAUCCAUGUUUAAAGUUACUGCUACUAUAAUUAUUACAAGAAAAUGUUUUGGUUUAGAGUUUAGAAACAUUCAGAGUCUAUUUUAAUUGCCCUGUACCUUAAAUGACCUCUGUAUUUUGUUUUUAAAAAUAAUUUUGUCACAGUUUUCAUUUACAUUUCAUGGUGUAGCAAUGACUCUAAACUAGUCUAUGAUAAUGUCUUCAUUAUUGUGAUCUGCAGGAUACAUUUUGUUGCAUUUAGUCUUUGCAGCAAAGAUUUGUGAAUCACUGUCAGUGGCAUAGUAAUGGGACAUGAACUGGUCUGUACUACCAUUGUUAACUCAGAUGGUAGCGUUUUCAUUUGAGCAAGUCUCAAUUUGAGAGAUAAUGGUAUGGUUUUUUGUGAUAUAGCUCAUGAGUGAGGCUGGAGAAAGGUACACUGUCACAUUUGAAUUUUAAUUAAAGAGCAUGUUUAAAUCAAUUAUCUUUAUGUGUCCAACUGAAAUCUGUUUGCUUUGGAUUUAGCUGGGAUAUCAAUCGACUAUAGUUUUCUUGUGAUCCCCCUCAAAAUUUUCCUGAGAUUUGCUCUUUUUGUGUAGUGUUUUCAAAAAAUACUCUGGAGCUGGUCUAUUGGUGACCUGGAUAAAGAGAUAACAGUUGUCAUUUGUUUUGAAAUUGUUUGUCUUUAUCAGUCAUUAGACUAAACGAAAAUCUGCCCCCACCCUUUGAAGAUGACUCGAACUCUAGUGGCAAGUUAUCAAACUUGUUAAUCGUGGGAUAUUUUAGCAGAUUGUUUCUAUUUAUACUAUUACUAUUGAUGAUAAUACCAAAAAUUUGUAACUUUCUUAAAUGCCCAAAGAGUUUCUUAUACUAUGUGUCCAUUUAAUGUUCCAAUUCAUCUGAAUUAAUUUACUUUCAGUCAUGUUUGAAGCUCCAGAACCAGCCUACUCAAACUGAUUUUGAACACUUAUUUUCUGAAAAGAUCUUGUGGUGUCAGAGCCAUGAAGUUGUAACAUCACUAUGAGCUUGAUGAGUGAGAUGUGGCUUCUCAUCUCAAAGCAGCUUUACCUGAGUUCUGCAGAUUUUCAUUUUAAGUUAAGUACUUGGAAAGUGCUUAUGGAAAAGGGUUUUUGGCACUGGUUUUCUUUGCGUCUUACAAUUAAGUUAAAUUGAUGGAUUGUUUUUUUUUUCUUUUUGUAGGAUUUGUAUUUGUUUUCUUUUUAUUGAGUUGGUGAUUAGUUCAAUAGGUACAUCUACCUGUCUCUUUUUCAAUUGCUUGUUUGAAGAGCAACAACCUGUCAGUCUUUAACCUUGAACAUGAAAGAAAAUUACAUUAUUUUUUCAAGCUUUAAUUUCCUUCUAUCAAGUUUGUAUGCUGCUGGUGUCAGAAUUAAACCACUAAUUUUUUUAAGUUCUUAGUAACAAGAAUUUAAUAGAAAAAUGUUCUUAUGUGGUCUGUAUUUAACCUUUUUUUUUAUUACUAUGAUUUCCUUUGUAAGACUUUUAAACUUGUAGUGAGAGGUGUAUGGCAUCAUGUGCAACAUUUAUUACUCAAACAAAUUAAUACUGAUGAAAAAAAUGCAAAUGUCACUGCUGACAUUCAUCUAUGUAAAUGAGACAUUUAUACAUGUAUACAUAUAAUAUAUAUUAGAUGGCUUUAUCUCUAGUUAUGUUGAAGAGUGAAAUGAUGCGAUUGAAUUAUGCUUUCAUGAACAAGGAAAUGGAAAAGCCACAAUGAGCUCAGUGUUUCAUCUGUCUUUUUCCUUUCUUUCUUGUUACCUUGGUUUCAAAGCCAUCAAAUUAGGAGUUCCCCUUUAACAACAUCCAUUAUUGGUACUCAAGUAGAGCUCUGGGUCAUCUGUCCUAAUUUUUGGCAGAUGACCACUUUUUAUCACUAACCCUUCUCUUCCAAUAUAUGUCACCCACUUUUCGGAUCUUUGUCAUAGGACUGAGUGUUGACUGAACUGUUGAGGGUAAGAUUUAAGAUUAUGUGAAAAAAAUAUUUUGGAACAGUGUCUUUCCUCUUCUCUGCCAUUAUGUGACUUCAAAGUGAAAGAGAAGAUUUUAAUAUUAUUUUAAGUGACUAAGCAAAGACUUCUUAUGAAAGGAACUAAAAAAAUGACCGUGGUGAAGACCUUAGCUGAGUUGGAAGAAUGUAGAACAGCGCAAUGAAGCAUGGUGUGCUGGUUUCAGACCAUGCACCUCUGAGACUGAAGAGGAUGGUGUGAUUUGAGUGCAUCGGUAGCGUUCAAUAGUGAAUUCAAGAAGAACAGAUGGUUGUUGCUAGUGGUGCACCAAACUUCUGUGUUGCCCCACUCUUCAAAGUGAAGCUAUUUGGAUUACAAUAUGUUUGAAAUAUUUUUGCAAUUGGACAUAUUUUAAAAUCUGGACUGAAGAAUGUAGGUGUGGUUGUGUCCGCACCUCUUCAAAGCUCUCCUAUAAACUGCUGGGUGGCUUAAGUUAUAUUAAGUUGACCAACAACAUUUUUUUCCUUCUGAAGGUUCUUUAGUUCCCAAUCAGAGUCAAGUGGGAAAACCAAUAGGCUUUGAAUAGAUUGGACAAUUUGUUAAUUCAAGUAAUCUUUCUCUGUGCAUUUUAUUCAGCUAUUAUUUGUACUAGUAAUCUCAAAGCAGUAACUUUGUUUCAUUUUCAUAGUUUACCUGUUGAAUAAAUUGAUACAAUGUUUGGAGAAACAUCACAAUUGUGUUUAUCUGUAGAUUGUGAAAGACAAUUACAAAACAUCAUCAGAAGCUUUUCCAUGACCUAACACAGCCCUUCAAAACUGACUUGCCAUGAAAGUUUCAUUUUGUUCAAAAUUAUCAACACACCAUAGGUAGUUGACGAGACCUUUAGCAAGAUUCUAAGCAAUAUUGCCAUCUAUUUGCGUGUAAAUAAGGAUUGAAAUGUUGUUAAUUUAUUUAUUUGAAUUUUGUAAUUAAAUCAGUUCUUAAUAUUUUUUUGAACGCUUUGCAGGUUUUUAUUGACAUUGUAUAUUAACUUACAAUACAACUGCAAAAGAUUAUAGGCUGUAAUGAAAUUGUCUACGAAGAUCUGCCAUGAAGAUUUAUGUCCCUGAUUUUUAUUUUUGAGACACCCACCGUUUGUGCAUGAAUGAACUUACUGCAGUGGAACUGCUCUUUUAUGCAAUUUGUAGUCAAAAUAUUCAUAUAGGCUGGAGGUACUUUUACGAAAAAAAUUGUAAUUUUUAUGUGUAUUGCAACUUUGAUCUACGUAUGUCUUGUUAAGAGUUUGCACAUUUGUUUACAAUACACAGGCACUGUUAUUCUUUUCAGUUUUGCAAAAUAAUGUGUUGUAUCAUGUACUUAUUUUGUGUAACCCAACUACAGCUCAAGUUUUUGGGGAUUUGGAAAGUGCAUUCUCUGAGUUUUUCUUAUUGCUUUCUCUCUAGAGGGAAUAUUCGAGAACCUCCAGAUCUAACAGUGAUUUCUAAAUUCUUCUACACAUGUUGUGUUGGGCCCAGAAACCUGUGACAAGGCAUUGUAAAUCUAAAGCACUAUUUUAUUUAGUAGUUGUGUGCAACAAAUCCAAUUUUCUAUGAUUUAAAUAUAGGUACUGUAAAAAGAAAUAAAAUGUUGGGGUGAUGUGUUUGAUGUAAGUUUUGUUUUUGGAAAGAAGGUGAUGUUACACAAAGUGUAUUGAUGUUUCUUUUCCUUUGUUUGUAUUUGUUUCAAAUUUGCAAUGAUCAUAGUCUUUAUGAAUUAUUCUGUGUCAUUGUUUGGUGUCAUAUUCAUUGGAAAUUAUUCUCUGAUCCGAAUAGUGGGGAGUUUGUUGAUAGCUAAAAUUGAUGAAAGAGAUAAAGAGAAAUAUCUGAAGAAAAAAAGUAAAAAUUCAAUGUUA